AUGAAUAGUCGACUAGAAGAUAAGCUCGCCUCCGAUGCUGAUGUUGAAGCUUCUCCGGAGCCAUCAAAACCAAAAUGCACGGAUAUGUUCCAAAUCACUCGUGCUGAGCCCUGGGCUAUCAACACAGGCCGCUGGUACCUAUUCUCGUCCGAGCCCAAGUUGUGUUUCCAAAUAAGCCAAGGUCCCUGCUGGAAGGAAGGCUCUAUGUCCCCGAUAUAUAACAUAUGGAGUCCCCCAUAUUUUGGUAUCUCGCUACCAAAGCCAAACCCUACUCAAGACACGAGGACCAUUCCGGGUCUUGGGGAUGUAGCUCUGUCAGACCGACAUUCAUCGAACCUAGAGAGAUCUUAUAAGCUUAGCUGUAACGACCUUGUCGUGACUAGCUACGAAGACGAUGCAGCGGGCCUAAAGGCCAAAGACACUAGGCCAAUUCCAUUCGAAAGAGAGAACGUCGUCGGCGGUAUUGACGUUGACUACCCAAGUUUCCUGCAUUGCAGGUGUUGCUUCCGAUAUCGAGGGUGGGUAACCCUAGCUAACGGCGAACGCUGGCGAUUUGAUGAAAUCGACAAGUCACAUUAUCAUAACGGGUCCUGUUAUCAAUUCCAGCGCGUGCACGAGCACAUGAAUGAUCGCGAAUUCCCGAAGAUAUACUCUAAGAUGCUCCAAUGGGAGUGUUUUAGCGACUGGAAGUCGAACUAUGGAGAGGCACCGGCGGAUGUGCCGUUUAUUUUAGACCAGAACACGCGUCUCUGCCGGGUUAGCUCGACCUGGUACAAACGGCACGGCAAGGUUUCUGAGCUUGUGGCUCCCGUCAUUGCUAUUAUGAAUCGCGAAGGCCUUGUCUUUGUUAAUGGCUUGAAGGAGGCUAAUGAGAUUGAGACUGCUAACCUUCGAGCAUUGGUUCUGAUGACAGGCCUCACGAUUGCGAAGUUUGAACGCCCUGCAUUGGAAUGA